AGGCUCCCCCUUUCAGCCGUGAAUAGGAAAUGUCAUUCUGAGGGUAUAGCAGAGGAGUGUCUGCUGGCUUUGCUUCACCCGGUGUUUUUUCAGUCAUUUUCCGGAUUGUGAUGUGGUCGGCGGGCCGUUGGAAUACCGCAAGACUUACACGGAGAAGAAACGUGUCGGAGAAUAAAGGAAAAAGCGGGGGCACUGUGGUAUUGGGACAUUGGAAUCUAAAGGACGAGCCGCGUGCCCGCGCAUUUUAAACCUUCCUCCUCAGCCCAGACCCGCCAACCGUCACCGAACGUACCCAUAGCCCCCUCUCCCGCCCCAUCACACACACCCCCCACCCCGGGAGGAGGAGCGGCCAGCGGGGGGGAAAUCCAACAUGGCGGAGCAUGCAGCCCUGGAUCAUAAGCACAAAGCGACAUCCUCCAACUCCGGGGCCUCCUCCCUCGCCCUAAGCACCGGUCGUUCGGGCUCCGGUUCCUCGUCUAACAGCAACACCAGUGUGCACUCCCCCGGAGCAGGGGCUGCAGGUCAUGGAGGGCUAUCGGGGGGUUUGUCGCAGCCUGCCGGCUGGCAGUCCCUGCUCUCCUUUACUAUCCUGUUCCUGGCCUGGCUGGCCGGCUUCAGCUCCAGGCUGUUCGCCGUCAUUCGCUUCGAGAGCAUCAUCCACGAGUUCGAUCCCUGGUUCAACUACAGAUCAACACAUCACCUAGCAUCCCACGGGUUUUAUGAAUUUUUGAAUUGGUUUGAUGAACGAGCAUGGUAUCCACUAGGAAGGAUAGUAGGUGGAACGGUUUACCCUGGGUUGAUGGUGACCGCUGGCCUUUUCCAUUGGAUUUUAAAUAUGCUGAACAUGACGGUUCAUAUAAGAGAUGUCUGCGUGUUCCUGGCACCCGUUUUCAGCGGCCUUACAUCGAUUUCCACUUUCCUGCUUACCCGAGAACUGUGGAACCAGGGAGCGGGACUUCUAGCUGCCUGCUUCAUUGCUAUAGUGCCAGGCUACAUAUCCCGAUCAGUAGCUGGAUCUUUUGACAAUGAAGGCAUUGCUAUUUUUGCACUUCAGUUUACAUAUUAUUUGUGGGUGAAAUCUGUAAAAACAGGCUCCGUCUUUUGGACAAUAUGCUGCUGUCUGUCUUAUUUUUACAUGGUGUCUGCCUGGGGUGGCUACGUCUUCAUCAUCAAUCUUAUCCCACUUCAUGUUUUUGUACUGCUAUUGAUGCAACGUUAUAGCAAGAGAGUCUACAUAGCUUACAGCACUUUCUACAUUGUGGGUUUAAUUUUGUCGAUGCAAAUUCCAUUUGUGGGCUUUCAACCAAUCCGGACAAGCGAACACAUGGCAGCCGCAGGAGUAUUUGCUCUUCUGCAAGCCUAUGCUUUACUGCAGUACCUAAGAGACAAGCUGACCAAGCAGGAAUUCCAGACGCUCUUCUUUCUGGGGGUGUCUUUGGCGGCCGGAGUUGUGUUCCUAACAGUUAUCUACCUGACAUACACAGGAUACAUUGCUCCGUGGAGUGGGAGGUUUUAUUCCCUUUGGGACACAGGGUAUGCAAAGAUUCACAUCCCCAUUAUCGCUUCCGUGUCUGAGCAUCAACCAACCACAUGGGUUUCCUUCUUUUUUGACCUGCACAUAUUGGUGUGUACGUUUCCCGCAGGGCUCUGGUUCUGUAUUAAAAAUAUCAACGAUGAGCGAGUAUUUGUUGCCCUGUACGCAAUUAGCGCGGUGUACUUUGCCGGUGUCAUGGUGCGGUUGAUGCUGACCUUGACGCCUGUGGUUUGCAUGCUGUCGGCCAUUGCCUUCUCUAACGUGUUCGAGCAUUACCUUGGGGACGAUAUGAAAAGAGAAAAUCCCCCUGUAGAAGACAGCAGCGAUGAAGAUGACAAAAGGAAUUCUGGAAAUCUCUACGAUAAGGCUGGAAAAGUGAGGAAGCAUGUGUCUGAGCAGGAGAAGACCGAGGAGGGUCUUGGUCCUAACAUUAAGAGCAUAGUCACCAUGUUAAUGCUGAUGCUUCUGAUGAUGUUUGCCGUACACUGCACGUGGGUAACUAGCAAUGCCUACUCCAGUCCCAGCGUGGUAUUGGCGUCAUACAAUCAUGAUGGAACACGAAACAUCUUGGAUGACUUUAGAGAAGCGUACUAUUGGCUACGACAGAAUACUGAUGAACAUGCACGUGUAAUGUCCUGGUGGGAUUAUGGCUAUCAAAUAGCAGGAAUGGCUAAUCGAACCACUUUAGUAGACAACAAUACGUGGAAUAAUAGCCAUAUAGCAUUGGUCGGAAAAGCAAUGUCUUCAAACGAAACGGCUGCUUAUGAAAUCAUGCGAAGCUUAGAUGUUGAUUAUGUGCUGAUCAUCUUUGGUGGUGUAAUUGGCUAUUCUGGUGAUGACAUAAACAAAUUUCUUUGGAUGGUGAGGAUUGCAGAAGGCGAGCAUCCAAAAGAUAUCCGGGAAAGUGAUUACUUCACACCACAAGGAGAAUUCAGAGUAGACAAAGCUGGAUCGCCAACUUUGCUUAAUUGCCUCAUGUACAAAAUGUCCUAUUACCGAUUUGGUGAAAUGCAGCUAGACUUUCGAACCCCGCCAGGGUUUGAUCGUACGCGUAAUGCAGAGAUUGGCAAUAAAGACAUCAAAUUCAAGCAUCUAGAGGAGGCGUUUACAUCGGAGCACUGGCUUGUUAGAAUAUACAAAGUAAAACAGCUGGAAAACAGAGAGGCACUUGAUCACAAACCUAGAGUGACCAACAUUGUCCCUAAGCAGAAGUACUUAUCCAAGAAGACAUCCAAGAGGAAGCGUGGUUACAUCAGAAAUAAGCUAACUCUGAAGAAAGGCAAGAAACCCAGCAAGAAGACGGUUUAAACAAACUGAUCUCACAGGAGGAAAUUGCCCUUGAGAUAACCAGUCUUUGCCUUUAGGAGAACUCAUGUUUCACAGCAACAUGAGGGUACAGAACCAUCUUUGGUCCAGAUUAUUGUACAAAAAUUUCAGGCAAUGUCUGAUUAUGAGAUAUAUAUAUAUUGGCUUAUUAAGAACAGCUGUUUUAGAUUUGUAAUGUGAAGCCAGAGCUGCUGUCCAAGAAUAAACAGCAGACGUUUUGUUUUUUGGUAACUUUUGUUUUUUUCUUUCUCUACUUUGAAUCUGACAAUUUGGACUGAUUGCACCAAAGAGCCCUCUAAUUUGUCAACUGGCACAUGCAUACUUGUCAAUUUUUUUUAUAUAUAUUUAUCAACUUAAAUAUAUUUUCUUCACGAUGCCCAUGCAUUGAAUGGACAUUGGAGCAUCAUAUAGAAAACCAUAUGAAAUGUAAAAAAAAAAAAAAUAGGAUAAAAAGCAUGCAUUUCAGAAUCAAUAAAGAUUUGUUCUGUUGAGCUGGGUUUUUUUUUUAAACAUUAAAGAUAGACACACAAGGGUGGUGUAAAGUUGGAAAUGUAAAUGCUUUGUAAGUAUAUUUCAUCAAAACAUGUUUGAACGAACUUCGGUGAAUCACGUCAUGGAGACAGGCUAGAUUGGUCAGGUCAUUCUGUCUUUGGUUGAACAUAUGUGAUCACUUUAAAGCAUCAAUGGCAACAAACAGCAUGCUUUCAACACUGGCAAAAUAAAGUUUAAGCUGUAGCAGUGAAAUAUAAUGGGGCCUAGUACUGUAUAUAGGGACCUAAAUCAGUAUGGCCUCUAAAGUUCAGCUGUGACCAUGUUCUGCUGUAACAAGUAGUGGAAGGAAAAUAAAAGUGCACGGUUUAAUGGUACACACGUUAAAAAGUUGACAAGUAUUCAAAUGUCCGCUAUGUUUUUGUAAAAUCACAUUAGAGGGUAUCUGAAUUACAAUCCAAAUCUUUGGACAAAAUGAGGCUUUUUUCCCCCUUCUCCUUAAUUCUGGUUGAGUUGUUUAAAAUCAUUUGUUGACUUGUGAUAUUUUUUUUCUUAACUAGGAAUCUUUUUCAUGACAGUUCUGUCAAAUGAAAUGCACUAAAAUGUACAUUGGGUUGAACAUUUGGGUGGAUCUCUACCCUUUCUGGCUUUAGGAUUCAUGCAGACUUGAAUAUUUGUCUUGACAGAUCUUCCCCUUUUUAUAUUAGCAGCGCAUACAGUUCCCCACAAUAAAUACUGGACUAUAAUAUAUGAUUUAUGUUUUUAUUAAUAUUGAGAUUUGGUGACAUCUUCCCCAAAAUGGCAGUACCUUUUUUUUUUGUUUUGUUUUAUUUACAGACAUCGUUGUCAAGAGUUCGUAAGUAGCUCUGACGUUUUCACAUCAUGCUGGGAUUUAUUUUACGAUUAUGAAAAAAAAGUUUGAAGAAGUUGACUAUAGGCAAAUAAACUUUUAAUUAAGGUUUUCUCUUAAGUGUCCUGUUUUUGUUUGUCAAUUAUUGAAAUGGCCAAAUCUUGAAAAUGAAUGUCAUCUGCCAUGGCAGCCACUGUUUGGAACCAUUAAAAUUCAUAGCUUGUUUGGGUAGAUUUUUUUGGUAUAGUUAAGGAACGGACUUAUUUUCAAGAUGUUUAUUGAAAAAUAAAUGACGUGACCAGAAUUGCAGUAAAAACUGGAAAACAUUUACUUUCAAAUAAAAAGAAAAAUAUUUCCUGCU